CUGAGUAAGAAACCAAGAAAACGCCCGGCGGAUCUGCCAAUCUGGGAAUCUCGGGACACAGGCCGCAGCACAGCCGCAAGAUGCGCUUGCAUCCAUCGCCUUUUCUAGGCGCGCCCCACUACUACUGCUGGGACCCCUUUUCGCGCUCCGUCAGGCACGACGCCUCUACCUUCACCGCCAAGGACCUAUUGCCCCGCCGACUCAGUGCGCGUUUGGAUGCCUCUAUCAGGCCGAAGGACCGGGAGCGUCGCAGUUACUUUUCCUACCUCUACCUUCCUUCCUCCUGCAUCCCACGCAUCAUCGUACCUUCUCCGACUAGCUACGCGCUAAGGCUCCAAGCUUUGAAGACCGUUCUUGCUUGAUGUCCUCCCACCGUCUCUCCUCCUCCUUCACUCCGUCUCCCUUCCCCCGGAAUGGGCCCCGAGCCUAGUUUCAAGCCGGGCCAUGGCACAUACACGUCGCUUUCACCCUUCUGGAACCCCUCACGCCGCUCGCGCUUCCUCUGGACCCUAUGCGCCGGAACGUCCCUCUUGACGUCCAAGUACCUCUUCAUCAACGCCCACCUCAACUACCCCGUCCAUAUCCACCUCCUCCAGCUGAGUCCCCUAGCUGUCUACACCACAUUGAAUUACCGAGCGCGGCGGAGACGGGAUCAAACCGCGUCACAGUCGUCGACGAAACCAUCAUGGACUUAUCUGACGUUUCUCGCUGCACUCAUGACACUGGCUGUUGUCAGCACUUUGCAAGCCAUACUCCACUUUCCGAACAUAACGGCUUUCGUCAUGCUCUCCAUCGUUGCUUGCCUCGUUGAGCUGUUACUUUCCCUCCUCGGCAGUCCAUCGUCUCGCCCGCACGACUAUGUAUGGCUAGGCCUCUCUCUUCCCGGUUGUUGUGCGAUACUCGCCGGAGACUAUAGGCUCACGGUCAAGGGGCUCGAAUCCGCUAUCCCCGCCGUCCUCCUUACCGGCACGGCGAGAGCCAUGUAUUCGAGGAGCGCCGCUAGAAUCGCAUCGAAGGAAAGCGACGUUCGCAGAUUCAAUAUGGUGUUUUGCUGCACCAGCUUCGUGGUUACCGGACUCUGGCUGAUUUUCUUCACCAGUACCACUCUGGGAAUGAUGUUGGAGGUGUUCCGUUGGAAGUAUAUGUUGGUUCUGAUACUGAAUGUCAUGGCUACCUCUACGGCUCUGGCCAUGGGAAGAUCGAUUCUGCUCCCGUCUUUGCCUUCGGAGCACCGCAUGCCCGUUAUCAACCGCUCGGAGCCCCGUGUUCGCGAUAUUGUCACCAUAGUCGUCUUGACUGCGGCAGCGGGAUUGUACUCGUCCUUUACGAUCCGGCGCUCGUAUACUACGUAUGUCCAGGUUAUUGCGUUCGUUGUGGCGAUUCUAUGUUGCGGCGGAAGAGCUUUCAAGGAAACCCUCCUCGUUCAGGAACGGAAUGCUGUGGCGCACGCAAAGAUGGACAACUCGUUCAGAUUCGAUCCUGUCGACUGUGAAGGCGGAACGUCGUCAGACGACUCGGACUGGUCCAGUGAAAUCGAGAUUAUAAUGAGUGACGAGAAGCCAGUAUGGUACUCCUCCUUAAGGACAGUCGCAAUAGCAGUGCUGGUCCUGUGGGUGUUGUUCCUUGGUAUCAAUUUCACCGACACAGUCCUCUCGUUCCCCACCAUGGCCAGAAUGCGAGGAGAGAAACCGAUCCUCGACCGUGGAUACCAUUCCCCCGUCACCAACGAGAUUGUCAUCAGCAUGCACAAGGAACCCAUCGCCGAUGUCCGGAAACUAAUCACCACCCUCCGCAAGAUGCAGGGUCUGUCAGGGGCACGCGUGUGGAUCUACGUUAAGGACGAAGACGCAAACGUCGACAACAUCAAGACGCUCACCAAGGCCAACAAAGUCACCAUACUCCCCAACGUCGGACGCGAGGGCGAGACGUACCUGAACCACAUCCUCACGCAGUGGGACUCGCUCGCGCAGCAAACCUUCUUCCUCCAAGCCGACGUCCACAACCCGCGCGAAUUCUACCCCAGGGUCCGAAACUACUACAUCCCCGGACGAACCGGUAUGCUCAACCUCGGCUGGAGCGGAAACCUGUGCGAUUGCCAUAGCUGCGCCGACCAAUUCGGCUUCUACGACCAUACGCACCUGUUCCCGGCCGUCCACGCGAAGAUCACAAACUCCUCGACCGAGUGCUCCGACGUGCUCCUCAGCUACAAAGGCCAGUUCGUCGUGUCGGCGUCGCGGAUCCGCGGUGUGCCCAGGUCCGUUUACGAGGAGCUGCGCGAUGCUCUUGUAGACCCGGAGAGCUGGGCGCACCAGCCCGAGUUUCUGCGGGGGCAGCAGGAUAGCAUGGACAAGCCGGCGUUUGGCUAUGUGCUGGAGCGCAUGUGGAAUCUGCUGUUCCAGUGCAGCAAGGCGCAUGUGGCGUGGAAGUGUCCGACGCUGGUGAGCGGGUGGCGGAUUGGGGGCAAUGUGGCGGAUUGUCAGUGUUUUGAUGGGUGA